GAAAAUAGCUACUAUUUAUACCGUGUGUUGGUAAACGUGCGCAUUCGCUUUUGACGUAACAGCGAACAGCUGAUUGCAGCGGCAGACGAAAGGCGAAAAACACGAUGCGUAUUCCAGGAGCACUUUACGCGGCACGUGGGCGUGCGCCACAAAACGAAAAGGAUGUGCCAUUUCAGGAGAUACUGCCGCUGCGCCUGAAGAACACGGUCAGCGGCAAGGCAGACUCUGGCUCCGAUGUGGCAUGCCUGCAGGAGAUGGGUGUGCUGUUUGCCUGCCUCAAGGACAACGAGUUCGUGGAGAAGUACUGCCACAAGGAGAUUAGUCAAUUUCAGAAUUGCUACAAACUGUACAUGGAUCGCAAAUUCGAGGCGAAAAAGACUGUCAAUCAGGGCAUUGUGCAACCCGGCAACAAUCUGAACUAUAAACAGUUGAACAAAUACAUGAGACGCUUUCCCAAUCCACAAUAGCUCGUCAAUAGUGCCCAAUGAUUUGUUAAGCAUUUUAAUAUAUAUGCAAAUUA